AGUACCACGUGGUUAUAGUCACAUGACACACAGAUAACAGCUUGAAAGUCGGAGACUGUGUAAUUAAAUAGUGUGUGUUUGUACACCGAUGCGCCUACACUAAUUUACCCCAUGCCCGGGUGAAAUCCCUCUUAUAUCCCUCACUGGCAUCCCUUGCUGGGUAACCUGCUGACAGAAAUCCGCAGCCAGUAUCUACCGAUCGGCUAUGGCUGGAAAUGCGUUCCCUAAGGUCUGUGUGACAUUCAGGAAUCUCGCUGCCUGUAUUGCCACAGAGGACCUGGCAGCUUUAACAGAGAGGGAUAUAAACAUGUACAAAGAUGCCAUGCAAGAAAUCCACAAGACUCUCCUUUCUAUGGGUCACAGAAUUCUAAAUCCUGAAAUUUUAAUGUUUACUGAAGAAACAGAGAAUUGUCAGGCCACAAAGAAACAAAAGCUGAAUGCCUGCAUCCAUAAGCUAGACAGUACGAUUCAGGCUCCGGAUAUUAUGCUGUUGGUUGAACAUGAGAAAACAGUUGGUGUUCUACAUCAUCAAAAGAAUAAAGAAAGAGGGAAUGUUAUGUCCAUGGUGCUGUCAACUAAAGAGGAACAGGAGCAGGGCUCUCCUACUCACAGUACGCUUGAAAGCACAAACAUCCAGGAAAACAAUCCUGCCAUAUCUAUUUUCCCCCUACCUGUUAAAAAAGAAGAGGAAGAAAUGUACCCUGUGUCUGCUUGCCCAUGGAGAAGGGCAUUCACAGAAAAGGAUGCAAGCCCUGCCAGUUCCCAGAUGACUAGAGAAGAGGAGAAAUCUGCACCCAAAAAUUCAGCUAAACGGCCUUCUACCAUUUCGAAUAGACGUACUAAAAACAAUGUUUCCUUCAAGAGAACACUAAACCUCAUCCAUGAGACUAAACCAAGUUUUAAGUGCACUUACUGUAAUGAAAGAUUUGAAAAACCGCACAGUCUUAAAGAUCAUGAGAACAUCCAUUUUGACGAAAAACCGUAUAAAUGUACUCAGUGUUGCAAAUCCUACAAAUCGAAUGCACAGCUAAUGGUUCACCAGUGGAAUCACAGGUAGCAGUGGUAGCUUCAGAACGAAGUAGAAUUUGUGUGCAAAUCUUCCUCUUAAAGCAGCUUUUAUAAUAAAACAAGUUUAUUUGCCAA